AUGCAGAACAAGGGAUCAAAAGAUGUUCUCCAGUCAAGUUUGAGUGCUUUAAACAAACUUACAUCACAAAUUACAAAGCCUCCAAAACGCAAAACUUCACCUCUUAAUUGGUUCCCGCGCAAAAAGGAAGUAGAUGGAAUGAAUUCAACUCUUGAUGAGACUCUUGGGGAUUCAAAUCCACACUACUCCAGAGUUCUGAGAGAAAAAAUUGCAGUAAGAGAAGCUGCAGAGAAAGCAAUGGAAGCUCAAAAGGCUGCAAAGGUGGAAGCAUCUUGGUGUCGUAUACUUAAAGCAGCCAGGAUUGAAAGUAAAGAUGCAGAAGCGGAGCUGUCAAAAGCAGAAAAAUCUGCAGCUGAAGCUUUUGAAGCUGCAACAGCCAUCGGUGAUGGACAGAAUAUGCUGAAAGGUUGGACAGAACAAGCACUGCAGGUUGGACGUGGCGUUUGGAAAGUGAAAGUCAUUGCUGUGUUGAACCCGAGUCAGCUGAACUUGUUUGGUGUUUUUGCUAAUUGUGUGCAUAUAUUAGCCAGUUAUUGCCAACUUCAACUUCAUGGAAUUCUGCUGUUCAAGCCAGUAUUUACUUGCAGCGAAGGGAGCACCUGA